CUCACAUCGUGGUAUAUUGAAUGUUUACACAAUGCCCUCACAUUUCUUUGUAUCAGACGGGAAAUAGAGCGCCGUAUUCUAGGGUUUGAACACUUACCACGCAGCUUCUGAAGACGCUACAUGUAAAGACCCAUGGUCAUGAUCUAGGUCAAAUGAGAAUGAACGAUCUUUGAAAAAAGAAAAAUAGCCUCCCCGACUACGGUAAUACGGUACGCUAUUUCGUGCAGUAAGUUAUUAAUGAUUACAAUAUGGGAGGCAAUAUAGUCAACAACGCCGAAACUACAACCGGAUGCCCAUCAGAUGUUGAAAGGGGCAAUUAUGAGGAUGAGAAGGCCCUGCUGGAUCAAAUCAGAUCAGUUGGUGGUCGAGAAGUGCAAGGUAUAGCUAUACUAAGCUUCAGAGCGCUACAGCUUUACCGUAUCUCAGAUCUACAAAAAGAGCUUUUAUUGAAACAAAAGAGCGUGAUGAGUGGACAACAGGGUACAGAAGGAGAUAAUGGUCGUCAGACCGAUAAAUUACUACAAAGAUAUGCUAAUGCGGUCCGAAACUAUGAAACCCUAUCCCAGAACCUAGUCCUUGACAAAAUUGAUGGCUACAAAUUCCUUGAUGAUAAAUGCCAGAGAUUCCAUCUAGAAUAUAGGAAGGGAUCUUCCAAAUGGGCAAGUCCCAGGUGGAAGUUCUGGGAGGACAAGACCGUCACUGUAGCUGCCACCGAGCCGAGUGCUGGUUUUUUCGGUCCCCUUGGAUUUCGGGAACUUGAUAAGCAGAAACGAGUAGAACGAGAACGUCGAAGCGCAUACCAUUCCCGGUUUGGCAUGGGUCUAUUCGGAGGCGUGGCUCUAAUUGUACCUAUGAUUAUCAUGGCUUUACAUCCAGGCCUUGUGGUAGAUUUAGUUACCACUUCAGCCGCCACAGUGAUAUUUAUUUUGAUUGUUACUAUUUUUGGGCGAGAUGCAACUGGAAAGGAUGUCCUGGCAUCAACAGCAGCUUAUGCCGCUAUUUUGAUUGUAUUCGUUGGGACAAGCCUUGACCUACGUGCGCACUAGAUAAUCACUAGGGCAAUACUUAAUUCUUAGCAAUACGUUUCAGUAAUUAACCCGCUUUCGGAAAC